CACUUAUAUAAAUAAUGAAUAUUUUUCACGGCUUCCUAUUUAAUUAGAUUGAGUUUUGAGUUUACUUCCUUUUUUAGACAUUCGAUUAAAUAAGUAUAUAUUUUAUUUAAAAAGAAGAUUAAAAAAUCCUUAUUAUUAUCUACUAUGGACUUAUUUAUUAUUUUAAAUAUCGGAAUUAUCACUAGGCUAUCUUCUGUUUUUAAUACACUUUCGAUAAAUUCGAUGAAAUCUUCCCCUUUUAAAAUUUCGUAUUUUUUUCUUUCAAAAGUAUUGAAAAAAGACUCUCAAAAGCAUAAGAUAAGUCUGUUUAUAAUUCCAUAUUGUUAUAAUUUUGGAAAAUAAGGCUUAAUCCUUUCACGUUUUUUUAGAUUAUUUCAGUGUCUUUUUAUUAUUGGAGCAAAAUGCCCAAUAUCCAGGAGAUUUUCUAAAAAAUAUAUAGAUUUUCUGCUGUUUUUGGCGCCUUUUAUAUUAAAAUAUAAAUCCUAUCUAUUAUUUCUCUAUUCAUGAAAAAGCCAGCUAUUUUUACCUAACCUGAGGCCAUUAUAUUGCCUAUAAAAUAUAAUAAAGGCUCAGAAAUAUCCCUUU